AUGUCUCACGCUCUUCUGUUACGGCUAUUCCUCUCGCCGUACUUCUCCGUGUCGGUCGCUCUGCACUACCUCAAGACGUACCCGGAGAGCAUUGGAAUCAGCCACUACCUAUGCUGGCGCAUGAAGUCGAUGCCCUUUGAGGAGGUCGAGUUCUACUGGCCGCAGAUAUGCAACCCGCGUCCGUUCAACAUCUGCCAGCGUGUCUUGCAUCGCUGCCACGAGAUUCUGUUCGGCGACCCGCCAGAACCGUCACGAAACCCCUACCGAUCGCUUCCUACCUCUCCUCACGCCUCCUCGCCGUCUGUCGGACACAUUGCCCGGCCGAGCUCAGCAGCGCCGUUUAUGGGGCGCGAGCCGAGUCUGCCGCCAGAUGAGCGCCUGAAGCCGCCUGUCCGCGUCAACGCAAACCUCGGGGCUGCGCUUGUGGGCAUGGGCCUGAUGGCGGCGGGAGCCCCUGCCAUGCCGCAGUUCACUGAGCUCGCGGGAGAGUGGGCCGUCACCCAGGGCAGGCGGCCACUGGAUGACGCAGCUGCGUCACGCGCGCGGAUCGAGGUCGACACAUCUGGAGGAGCCGAUGGACCUCGAGGUGACGCCUGGAACAGGAAGCCGAAGCAGAUCUCGGGGCAGGAGAGCGACACGGACGACGAUGCGAGCUCUGUCUCUAACAUAGACGGAGUGACGAGAUCGGACACUAAGAUCAACCGACGCCCGACACCCCCGAUGAGAUCGGCGACGACGCAACCCGAAGCGUCGUCAUCACCGAGCCGCCCGCCGCUGGUGAACCAUGUGUCGACGACGGCGCUGAACCUGCUGUCGCAGGAGGAGGACGAGCGCGGACGGGAUCCGUUCAUGCAGAACACCUCGACGCCCCCGCUGUCGUCCGUCUUCCGCAAGCAGACGACGCACCAGCCGUUCCACUCUGUGCCGGACAUGUCGCUGAACCGCUCCCUUGGACCGAGGGUUGGCGCGCAUCGUCCGCCGUCUGCCGAGUCGCUCCUCGCAGCGUACUCGCUUGCAGCGCAGCGACAGCUGCUGAAGAGCCACUACACGCGCAGCGAGAUCCGUUUCCUGCUCCUGCUCGAGGACAUCUGUAACCGGCUGUUGGUUAUUCCGAAACCGGCUCGUAUCUCGGCUCUCCGGGCCGAGCUCACUAGCCUGAACCACAACCUGCCCGCAGAGGUGUGCAUGCCCCUGUGGUGCAACGCGGACCACCACCGCAACGAGGAGCCCACCCCGACGUCCUUCCUCGGCAAGCCGAAGCAGCCGAAACGGGCACACUCGCGCGUCGUGCGCAUCUCGCCCGGCGACUCGGUCGUCCUCAACUCGGCGGAGCGUGCGCCGUACCUCUUGCACGUGGAGAUUCUGGUCGACGAUCUCGACUUUGACCCGAUGAAGCGCGAGAACAGGGAACUGCUCAAGAAGAUUGUCGUCGCCGAGGACCUGAAGCGGCGGAAGAAGGAGGAGGGUUUCGACCACCACGUUCCCGAGGGCUUUGGGUCGGCCAUGCCUGCUCCGCUGUCCGCUGCCGCCCUCGGAGGUGACUCUGCCACCGAGUCUCCCGCCCACUCGCGAUCACAGUCUCACUCCCGAGCAGAGACUGGCGACGCCACGGGCACGCCGAUCGAGGAGAUCCCCGAGGGCCCUGAAGAGCCGGAGGAGAUGGACCUCGUGGAGCAGCUGUUCGGGAACAAGCUCUCUGUCCGUGAUAACAUGGUCGACCUCAGCGACUCGAUGCCGCUCCCCGCCGCGCCGAAGAACAAGCAGCUCGACCUCGAGGUCUGGAACAAGGAGGACCACUCGCGGAGAUCCUCUCUCGGCUCCGGCGGCGUUCCGGGCACGCCGAACGGCGAGCUUCAGCCCGAAGGUCUGGGCGCGCGCCCGAUCACGCCCGUGCCUCUCGAGCCGACGAUCUCGCCGCGGGCAAAGCCCGUCAUCACGAUGGAGGAUUAUUCGGAGCGCAUGCGGACAGCAGCCGUCAUGCUCGCGCAGCUGAAUGCGUCCCUCGUCCCGCCGAAUCCGGAGCACAGCCAGUCGGGCUCGUCUGGCGUGCGCAAGUGGAUCCCUGGCACUGGCUGGAUUACCGGCUCGAACAAGGAGUCGACAGAGCCGGCUGGACCUGCCGGCGGCGCGGCAGGUGGCAAGUUGCGCCUGGCUGCUGCCGAGGCGGCGCGGAUCCGGGAGCGCAUCAUGGAGGAGAUGAUGGCGCUUGAGGAGGAGCGUGUCAGCCGCAUGGCCGCGAUCCCCGAAGGCGUGCACGUCGAGCAGGCGGACGGCAACCAGACAGUCGAGGACGAGGGUAUCGUGCGCCGCGAGAUCAACAAGGCCGACCCCUCCGCCGCCGUGUUCAAGGAGAGCUGGGCGGCGAAGAAGUCGCGUAUCCGUGCUUCGUCGCCGUGGGGCCACCUCGCGAACUGGGACGUCAUCUCGGUCAUUGUCAAGACGGGCGCGGACCUGCGGCAGGAGCAGCUCGCGACACAACUGAUUGAGCGCUUCACCAAGAUCUGGAAGGACGAGGGAUGCGAGUGCUGGGCGCGCUUCUUCCGCAUCCUGAUCACGGGCGAGACGUCUGGCCUCGUCGAGACGGUCACGGAUGCUGUGUCGGUGCACUCGAUCAAGAAGAGCGAGUACUCGCGCCGCGUGGCCGAGGGCACGCCGAUCGGGCACGUGUCGCUCAUGGACCACUUUGUGAACACGUACGGCAAGCCGGACAGCGGGCAGUUUGCGCGCGCGCGGCGCAAUUUCAUCAAGUCGCUCGCCGGGUACAGCGUGAUCACAUACCUGCUCCAGAUCAAGGACCGGCACAACGGCAACAUCCUGAUCGACCGGGACGGGCACAUCAUCCACAUCGAUUUUGGCUUCAUGCUCUCGAACAGUCCCGGAGGCAACAUUGGCUUCGAGGCGGCGCCCUUCAAGCUGCCCCUCGAGUACAUUGACAUCAUGGGCGGGUUUGACAGCCCGGGCUUCGAGCUCUUCCGCAAGCUGUUCAAGCAAGGCUUCGAGGCCGCGCGGAAACACAGCGACAGCUUAAUCACCAUGGUCGAGCUGAUGCAGAAGGACAGCAAGCUCGACUGCUUCGUCCUCUUUGGCGAGAACACGGUCAACCACUUCCGCGACCGCUUCUGUCUCGGCCUCACCACUGCUGCCGUCGACCAGUACCUCGACCGUCUGAUCGUGUCUUCGGCCGGAAGCAACUACACCAGGCUCUAUGACACGUUCCAGUACUACUCCCAGGGUGUCCUCUAA